AUGUCGGGAAGACCGUCGGACACAGUAUCCCCACUACGAGGAGAACAUGUGCCAGGAGAGUUACCUGUUGAGGCGUAUGAGGCUGCUGAGACCCUCGCCCACAAGCUCGCGGCCGCCCUCGCCGCCUACACCGCUGCGUUGCAACAGGCCGCCGCCGACCUGCCUGCUGCCGCUGUAGCCGCUGUGCCAGCUCUGGCGGAAGCGGCGGACGCGCUCAUGGACAAUGCUGCAGGCUUGGCUGCAACAGGUGCGGCGCUGGCGGCCGUAACUGCUCCACAGGGCGCUGUCCGCCAGGCAGCUGACGCCCUGACGGCGGCUGUUCGUCCGCUCGCUCAGGUCGAAGCUGCCGAGGACACCGCCCUGGCGGUGUGCAAGGCAGCAGAGGCCAGAGUCGCUGCUGCUGCCAGCGCUGGAAUGCAGAGUAGCAUGGGCGAAGCGGCUGCCGAGCUGACGCUUGCAGAAUCGAAGUUUGUCCGGGCCUCGGCUGCCGCAGCUGCGGUUCGCUCCGAGGUUCGUGCCGCCGCGGCAGGCGUCGCCGCCGCCCGCCGCCGCCGGGUCGAGACGCUGGCCAGGACGGUGACUCGUGCUCUGGCGCCAGUUCCAGGCUCGGCUACGUCCUCAAGCGCGAACACAAGCCUGGACUCAGAAUCUGACUCGUGUUCGAUGUCCGACUCGGACGCGGGCUCGAGUGCCGCUUCGGGCCCGAUCACCCCGCUGCGGAUCACGGAGGACAUCGACGAUGGCGAAGACGAAGCAUCGAUCUCGGAUUCACCAGGUAGGGCAUCGGCCACGCCGCUGACCGGAGUCAAUGCCUUGGUGGCGAGGGCUAUGAAAAAGCCGCGUGGCACGCGGUCUCAGACGAUGGCAGCCAAAUUGGCAGGAGGCAUCGGAGCCAAGCACAUGCGGCUUCGUGCGGUGUCGCUGCAAGUCGGGCGACCGCGGUCGCUCUCGAUCUCAUCGACGACGAGCGUGGCAUCGGUGCUGGCGGUCCACCACGCCCGUGAGGGCGAGGACCAUGCCCUGGCAGAGGACGAGGCUGUCCGGGCCAUUCGCACCACCACGCGGCUAGAAGGCGACUACGAGUGGUCGCUCCAGCAUCGGCAGUGGGUGCUGCGCCAGCCCAAGACCAUCCACGACCUAGUGCAAGCGCGCGGGCGGUUUGCGCAAGUCUUGGAGUCAACCGGCCUGCCCGCCGACGAUGCCGAGGCGGCUGUCAUCGUGGAGGCGCUCGAGACUGCAUUUGCGCGCAAGCGGUACAAGCUCGACCUCCGUGCAUCCGGACUCCACAGCCUUCCCGGCGGACUCCUUCCGGCGUUCGUGCAUCUGGAGGAGCUCAACCUGUCCCGGAACGAGCUCACCGACCUUCCGCCACAGAUUGGCCUCCUCGCCUCGCUUGUCAAGCUCAACGUCUCGCACAACGCACUGACGUCUGUUCCGGCGCACAUCGGCCACCUUUCCUCGCUGCAAUGGCUCUAUCUCCGGGGCAACGCGCUGACGUCGCUGCCAGAGACGAUUGGCUCGCUAGUCUCGCUCCGUGGACUCAACGUGGCAAACAACCAGCUGCGGGAGCUACCUGCAUCGUGCUGCAACCUGCUGGAGCUCAUCGAAUGCAACCUCUCGUACAAUCUUUUCACCGAGCUGCCGACGAUGCUCGCCGCCUGCCGAGCGCUCUGCACUCUGUAUCUGGUGGGCAACCCGAUGUUCCGCAAAAGCAGGGGCAGCGCACGUCCGCAGUCAAACUCGGUCUCGCUCCUCAGCAACGUCUCGGCCCGGUCGCGAUCGUCGAGCACGUCGCGAUCGAGCGCACCGGCACUGCCAGACAUUCCAGCGUUGGGCAUGUCGCCGCCUCCGGCAAUGCGGUCAGCAACGAUCACCCCGCGGCGAGCGGCUGCCGGGGCUGCAAGCGUUGUCGAGAGUCCGCAGCCGCGGCUGGCAGGGCAAGGCGAGAGCGCGACACGCGGUACCCAGACGCCUGGUUGGGAGAGCACAGGCAUGGACAACGUGCUCGGUGCAAGCCUUGCCACGCCUGCAGCGGUCGAGGCGUUCAUGGCCGCCCGCGCCGACGCCCUUGAUGCCGGACUGUCAGCGCUCCAACCCGGUCCCUACAUCGAGUUUAUGGAGGCCAAGGUGGCGAGUCUUGCGCGCGGGCUUGACCAAGCUGUCAGCGUGGUGACUGCUGAGCGAGAGCAAGUAGCGCGGCUGACGGCACGGCUGGGGCGAGCUAUCCCGGUUGUGAUCUCGACGUCGACGCAGACACGCCACGAGCCGAGCGGAGACCACGCUUCUGCGCUUGUCGAAGCUGUGGAUGCCAUGUCGAGCCUGCUGCACGGGACCGAGUCCGGUACUGUGACGGGAGCGUCACCUGGCGUACAGGCGCAAGUUGCCGAGGUACUGGUGGAGACUCUAGCGGCAACAACGGCGCGAGUGGCAGCACUGGAGGCCUCUGUGGCAGAACUCGAGGAUGAGUUGCACGAGCAGGCCGAGGUGGCGACACUUGCCAAGGUCGAAGCGAGUCAAGCCAAGAUGGACGCAGCGGCCGGGCUGGCCGCAACCCACAAGGAGCUUCUUCCACUUCUUGUCGACUCGUUUGGGCUUCCGGCAGCCAAUGUGGAAGCGCUGGAUGCGCAGUCGGCGGCAGCGGUGUUGGGCCAGCUCAUGCGCGAGAGUGAGACAAUGGCCAAAACGUCGUUGGCUAAUGCGCAAACUGAGCUCGAGACGCUGCGCGCCGAAGUCGGGCCGGCCCGUGUCGCCAUGUGUGCUACCGGGCGGGAGAACAAGAUGCGGGCGCGCGCGUUGCAGAUCAUUGCCAUCGGGCACGGGGUCCCACGCGAGACAGCGGUGGUGCUUGCCGAGUCUGUGGUGGCAAACCGGUUCUCAUUUUCUGUCGACGAAGUUGCGGCCGAGGUGCGCACAGCCUGCAAGGACUGCUGCUUGCCCGAGGAUGCAGUCAUCAGCGUGGCCGACGGCAUUGUUGCUGCCGAGCAUGCGUUUGUGCGCGGCAUGGCACCCAUGGACGGUGCACAGUUUGCGCUCCGCGUCCAGGCUGGUGCACUUGCGUCGCAGGCUGAGCUUGGUGCAGCUGCCGACGUGGCCGAGUCGCUGAGCAUGGCACCAGAGCCGGCGCGCGAACUGGCUUUCGCAGUGGCCGGCCGAGCAGCAGUUGAGGCUGGUGCAGUCGAGGUUGCAGCUGCGCGCGAGCUCGUCGAAGCCCGCGCAGCGAUACUCGAGAUGGACAGUGCUCUACUUCGUGCGCUUGGUGCGAGUGAUAGGGCGGCCGCCGACGGGGCUGCGGCUAUGCUCAGCAGCAGCGUGCUCCCUGGAGUGCCCCGCGCAAGCGUUGUUGAAUCUGCCGUGCACGACCUGGGAGAGGCCGAGCGCGCUGGACGCGGACUUGUGGCCGCGCACAUGGCGGUGGCGCACGGGAUGGCCCCGCGAGAUGCGAUUGGGUUUGCGCUUGAGGUGCUCGCGGAUUGUGGCUCAACAGCAAGCUCGAUUGCAGAGGCUGCCGAGGCACGGAUGCACGAUGCAGCCGGCAACGGCUCUGGUCUUGCACGCAGCCUUGUGGAGCGGUGGACGUCUGACGAGUGGCGGCGCGCAGACCAAGUUACCAUGACUGGGCUUGGCUAUGAGCGCGAGAACGCUCAGGCGUUUGCGGCGACGGCAGGUAGCGCAAUUGGGUCGCUCGGCGAAGCUGCCGCCGUGAGCGGUGUUGGCAGCCGCGGGUUGCUGGCAGCCAAGGUGGCGAGACGAGCAAGCGAGUGUGGGCUGCAGCCUAUGUCUGCGGCACAGUUUGCGGUCGCGAGCGAUGGAGCGAGGACGCGCGAAGACAUAAUUCUCGCUGCAAGGCAUGCUGGGGUGGGCAACGACACCGGAGCAGCCGAGUUGGCUCGGGUAGUUCUCGACGCGCGGCGGAGCUUUAAUGCAGACCAGUUUGCCGAAGUUGUGACAGGCCUCGCGGUCGAUGCUGGCACUGGCACAGACGCCGCGGAGCAAUUUGGACUUGCCGUCGCCAACUGGGAUGGAGUGGCCGAGACAUGCGAGAUUGCGCGCGUAGCGAGGACGCUAGGUGUGGGUGAUGCGGCGGCGGCAAGACUUGCAUGCGAUGUGAGCGUGGCGCACGAGGCGAUGACGGUUGGACUCGACCCGAGUGCCGCGUUUGAGAUUGCGAGCGUGGCGCACCAGGAGGGGAAGGCGCACUCGGUUUUGGAAGCAGCAACUGCCGCUGGCUUGGAUGAGGCGGAUGCACGGCGGUUGGCCACAGCCGCAGCCUCUACCGCUGGACUCGGAGUUGUGGCCGCUGUUGCUACCCGCCUCGGUUUGUCGAGUGAGGCGGCAAACGAGCUGGCUGCGGCUGUGACUUCUUCAGGGCGCUUCGAUGAGCGAAACGUCGCGGCACUUGCUGCCUCCUGCGUGGCGGCCGGUCUUGACAAGGUCGCGACGGGUGCUGUUGCGCGCCAGGUGCGCCUGGCGCGCCAGGCCUGCCUCUGUGGGCUUGGGGUGAAUGCUGCGGCAGAGUGGGCGGCACUGGUGACUGAUGGCGAUGACGGUCCGCAGGCGGCGUGUGCGUUUGCGCUUGAGCACGGUGGAUCCCUCCGACAAGUAGCCGUUCUCGCAGAAAGUGCGCGGUACGAGGCCGAGCUGGCCCAGCUGCGAGACGAGCUUGCUGGUGCCAAAGCCGAGUUGGCGCGGGUAGUCCCGCACGACGCCGUGCACCAGAUUAGCUCCGUGAGCGAGGGUGAUCGCCGAGUGCUAGCCAACAGACUCAGCGAUGUUGAGGCUCUGGUGAUGGCGGAGCAGGCGGUGGCCCGCGGCGUGGAGCUCGAGGUUGCUAUUGCAGCGGCUACUCGAGUCCAUGAGGCUGGCGCGUCCGGCUCGUACUCUGCGGUGGCAGAGCUGUGUACCGAGGCCGGGGUGCCGAAUGCUGUGGUGGCGAGCGUGGCGUCGGCCAUUGUUGCGCGCAACGGUACACAGCUGACGAUGGACGCCGAGAACGCACACGCGAGCGGCGGGGCGAUUGUGGCCGACUGGGCCAAUGUCGACGCCCGUGGGCUUGUGGCUGCUGCACUUGCAGGCAGCCUUAGCGACGACGAUGUGAAGGCCGAGCUAGCCCGGCGUGGCGUGGACGAUGCCAGUGUGGCCAGCGUGAUGGGCGCAGUCCGCGCUGCACGUGUUGCCAAAGCCUGCGGCAUUGGUGACGAAGCAGUGGCAGCGCGGCUGGGGUGCCUAGUCGCAGACAAUUCAGUGUCUCUGGAUGAGAUCUCACAAGCAGCACGUGCUUCUGGCCUAGACAGCAACGAUGCAGUCCGGCUGGUGCGGAGUGUGUCACUCGAGCUUGCGCCGCAGCAGGCAUGGCAGCGGCCUGCGGAAGAACUUGCGAUGGAGAGUAAGCAUGCGCGUGAGCUGGCGACGCGACUGGCCGAGAGCGAGCCUGGCUCUGCCAGGCUGACGGAAGUUACCAUGUUGCCUGGCGUGAGCAGCGCUGUAGCGGCUGAUGUGGCUCGUGGUGUGGUGGCGACGCGAGUCGGCCUUGCGCACGGACUCGAGCUCGACGCGGCGGUGUCGGUGGCCACGAGAGAGAUUAGUGCAGAGGCGGCUUGUCGAAAGUCUGGCGUCAGCACCGACGAUGCACACGCAUGCAUUACGGCUCUUGCCGGCGACAAGGCCAUCCAGUAUGUUGUCCAGAGGAUAGUACCGAGCCUUGCGGCAAGCGCGACAGCUGCCGAGGCGCUGGCCGCACUGGAGGACUUUGCAGAUCGACACGCAGGCUCUCAAGAGAUGUAUGAGUACACUGGAUCUGCUGUCGCUGCGGAGGUGUUUGCGCUCGGAGACGAGCUCACGCUCGCCGGGACGGUCAGCGUCGCGGAGGAGCACGGAUUGACGGCGGAGCACGCAGCCGAGUUUGCGCGGACGGUAAUGGCAGCACGUGACGCGAUGGGCUUUGGCAAGCUGCAUGCAGGCGAGCUGAGCGUGGCGAGCGCCGCAGCGGCAGGCGUCGAAGAGGAUAUGCCCGAGACGGCAACGUUUGACGAGCAGCUGCAAGUCGCAGCCAAGGCUGUAAGCGACAUACUCCAGCCGGCGGAUGCCCGCCACACUGAGUGGCUUGAGGCCGACAGGGCUCUCGCCAUCGAGCACGGCAUGUCCCCGACAAAGGGUUCAGAGUUUGCAGCUGCGGUUGUCGCGAUGAAGGGUAGACUGAAUGUAGCCAACGUGGCUGCGGCCGCAAUCGCCGCUGGAAUCGCGGACGAUAUGGCUGCCCCACUUGCUGCUGAUGUGGCCGCGGUGCAGCGAGGAAGCUCAUGGGGAGCGACGCCGGCCCAGGCGGCAAUCGUGGUGACACGGACUCGUGCUUUGCAGGGUGCGAGCGUGGCGGAAGUUGUGGACCUGGCCGUCGAGGUUGGUGUCGACGCCUCUGCAGCAGAGGACGUGGCGUUUGCUGUUAUGGGCAAGACUGAGCUUGACGCCCUGAAGGCUGAGCUGGCCGAGGCGCAGGCUGAGAUCGCGCGGCUGCUGCCUGCGUCGAUGUUGGCUGGCACUACACCGAUGUCACUCCGUGCGCAGGUCGUUGCACUCUGCGAGCACGUAGGGACAACUCUGCGGCCUCUCGAAGAGAAGCGCAUUGCGCGGCGUGAGGCUGAUUGCCGCCUCGCUGGCGACGCAGGCCUUGAUGACUUGAGUGCCGCUGCUGUGGCAGACGCGCUGGCCACUCUGUCCGCGGACCAACCGUCGAAGGCGGAGAUUGCCGCAGCCGUCACAGCUGCUGGCGUGGAAGAGUCUGCUGUGCCUGGCCUGGUGGCUGCGAUCGAGACAUCGCGUGCUGCCGAGGCACGUGGAGCAACGCCGGCACAGGCUGCGCUCAUUGCGGCGCAAACCCGUGCGAUGGAGAGUGCGAACACGACCACAAUGGCGGCUGCAGCUGUCGAGACUGGUAUGGACGCCACGGUAGCAGAGGAGGUUGCAUUUGCUGUUGUGGGCAAGGCCGAGCAUGGAGCCCUGAAGGCUGAGCUGGCCGAGGCGCAGGCUGAGAUCGCGCGGCUGCUGCCUGCGUCGAUGUUGGCUGGCACUACACCGAUGUCACUCCGUGAGCAGGUCGUUGCACUCCGCGAGUAUGUAGGGACAACUCUGCGGCCUCUCGAAGAGAAGCGCAUUGCUCGGCGUGAGGCUGAUUGCCGCCUCGCUGUCGACACGGGUCUCGAUGACUCGAGUGCCGCUGCUGUGGCAGACGCGCUGGCCACUCUGUCCGCGGACCAACCGUCGAAGGCGGAGAUUGCCGCAGCCGUCACAGCUGCUGGCGUGGAAGAGCCUGCUGUGCCUGGCCUGGUGGCUGCGAUUGGGACAUCGCGUGCUGCCGAGGCGCGUGGAGCAACACCGGCACAGGCUGCGGUCAUUACGACUCGCGCUUGUGCGAUGGAGAGUGCGAACACGAGCACGGUGGCGGCUGCAGCUGUUGAGGCUGGUAUGGACGCCACUGCAGCAGAGGAGGUUGCAUUUGCGGUCGCUGGAAAGACCGAGCUGGAGGCAGCUCGAACGAUGAUGGCGCGCGUUAUUGGGACAGACGUGGCCGAAGCAGCGCCGUUUGGUGAGCAGCUUGCCACGGUCGAGCAAAUUGUGACUGAGCAGCUCGAGCCACAACGCCUGCGUCGUGCCGAGCUGAUGGAAGCCGACAAGGGUUUUGCUGUGGAGCACGGCAUGUCGCCCGAUGAGGGGGCGAUGUUUGCGGUUGCAGUAGCGUCGCUCGAGGGUGUGCCGAAUGUAGCCAAUGUGGCUGAAGCAGCUGUCGCGGCUGGUAUGGACGCGUCCGGCGUAGAGGCGCUGGCGGCUGAUGUGGUGGCUGUACGGGGUGCGAGCUCGCGUGGAGCGACGCCAGUACAGGCUGCGCUCAUUGCGGCGCAAAUCCGUGCGAUGGAGGGUGCGGACACGACCACGGUGGCGACUGCAGCUAUCGAGGCUGGUAUUGACGCCACUGCAGCAGAGGAGGUGGCAUUUGCUGUUGUGGGCAAGGCCGAGCUUGACGCCCUGAAGGCUGAGCUGGCCGAGGCGCAGGCUGAGAUCGCGCGGCUGCUGCCUGCGUCGAUGUCGGCUGGAACUACACCGACAUCUCUCCGCGAGCAGGUCGUUGCACUCCGCGAGUAUGUAGGGACAACUCUGCGGCCUCUCGAAGAGAAGCGCAUUGCGCGGCGUGAGGCUGAUGCCCGCCUCGCUGUCGACACGGGUCUGGAUGACUCGAGUGCCGCUGCUGUGGCAGACGCCCUGGCCACUCUGUCCGCGGACAAGCCAUCGAACGCGGAGAUUGCCGCAGCCGUCACAGCUGCUGGCGUGGAAGAGUCUGCUGUGCCUGGUCUCGUGGCUGCGAUCGAGACAUCGCGUGCUGCCGAGGCACGUGGAGCAACGCCGGCACAGGCUGCGCUCAUUGCGGCGCAAACCCGUGCGAUGGAGAGUGCGAACACGACCACGAUGGCGGCUGCAGCUGUCGAGACUGGUAUGGACGCCACGGUAGCAGAGGAGGUUGCAUUUGCUGUUGUGGGCAAGGCCGAGCAUGGAGCCCUGAAGGCUGAGCUGGCCGAGGCACAGGCUGAGAUUGCACAGCUCCUGGGCAAUGAUGAUAUGGCGUUUGUUGCCGCACCGACAUCACUGCGCGAUCAGGUCGUUGCUCUCCGCGAGCACGUCGAGACAACUCUGCGGCCUCUCGAAGACAAGCGCAUUGCGCGGCGUGAGGCUGAUGCCCGCCUCUCUGUCGACACGGGUCUGGAUGACUCGAGUGCCGCUGCUGUGGCAGACGCCCUGGCCACUCUGUCCGCGGACAAGCCAUCGAACGCGGAGAUUGCCGCAGCCGUUACGGCCGCUGGCGUGGAAGAGUCUGCUGUGCCUGGUCUCGUGGCUGCGAUUGGGACAUCGCGUGCUGCCGAGGCGCGUGGAGCAACACCGGCACAGGCUGCGGUCAUUGCGACUCGUGCUGGUGUGAUGGAGAGUGUGGACACAGCAAUGGUGGCGGCUGCAGCUGUCGAGGCUGGUAUGGAUGCUGCCGCAGCAGAGGAGGUGGCUUUUGCUGUUGUGGGCAAGACUGAGCUUGAAGCCCUGAAGGCUGAGCUGGCCGAGGCGCAGGCUGAGAUCGCGCGGCUCCUGGGCAAUGAUGAAAUGGCGUCUGUCGCCGCACCGACGUCACUCCGCGAACAGAUCGUUGCUCUCCGCGAGCACGUCGAGUCAACUCUGCGGCCUCUCGAAGAGAAGCGCAUUGCGCGGCGUGAGGCUGAUGGCCGCCUCGCUGGCGACGCAGGCCUUGAUGACUCGAGUGCCGCUGCUGUGGCAGACGCGCUGGCCACUCUGUCCGCGGACCAACCGUCGAAGGCGGAGAUUGCCGCAGCCGUCACAUGUGCUGGCGUGGAAGAGUCUGCUGUGCCUGGCCUGGUGGCUGCGAUCGAGACAUCGCGUGCUGCCGAGGCACGUGGAGCAACGCCGGCACAGGCUGCGCUCAUUGCGGCGCAAACCCGUGCGAUGGAGAGUGCGAACACGACCACGAUGGCGGCUGCAGCUGUCGAGGCUGGUAUGGACGCCACUGCAGCAGAGGAGGUUGCAUUCGCGGUCGCUGGAAAGACCGAGCAUGAAGCCCUGAAGGCUGAGCUGGCCGAGGCGCAGGCUGAAAUCGCGCGGCUCCUGGGCAAUGAUGAAAUGGCGCCUGUCGCCGCACCGACGUCACUCCGCGAACAGGUCGUUGCACUCCGCGAGCACGUCGAGUCAGCUCUGCGGCCUCUUGAGGAGAAGCGCAUUGCGCGGCGUGAGGCUGAUGCCCGCCUCGCUGUCGACACGGGUCUCGAUGACUCGAGUGCCGCUGCUGUGGCAGACGCCCUGGCCACUCUGUCCGCGGACAAGCCAUCGAACGCGGAGAUUGCCGCAGCCGUCACAGCUGCUGGCGUGGAAGAGUCUGCUGUGCUUGGUCUUGUGGCUGCUAUCGAGACAUCGCGUGCUGCCGAGGCGCGCGGAGCGACCCCGGCACAGGCUGCGGUCAUCGCGGCGCGGAGCCAUGCAAUUGGUGCCGCAGACACAGCCAUGGUGGCGGCUGCAGCUGUUGAGGUUGGUGUCGACGCCACUGCAGCAGAGGAGGUGGCGUUUGCUGUUGUGGGCAAGACUGAGCUUGACGCCCUGAAGGCUGAGCUGGCCGAGGCACAGGCUGAGAUCGCGCGGCUCCUGGGCAAUGAUGACAUGGCUUCCAGCGCCGCGCCAACAUCACUCCGCGAACAGGUCGUUGCACUCCGCGAGCACGUCGAGUCAACUCUGCGGCCUCUUGAGGAGAAGCGCGUUGCGCGGCGUGAGGCCGAUGCCCGCCUCGCUGGCGACGCAGGCCUUGAUGACUCGAGUGCCGCUGCUGUGGCAGACGCGCUGGCCACUCUGUCCGCGGACCAACCGUCGAAGGCGGAGAUUGCCGCAGCCGUCACAGCUGCUGGCGUGGAAGAGUCUGCUGUGCCUGGUCUCGUGGCUGCGAUCGAGACAUCGCGUGCUGCCGAGGCACGUGGAGCAACGCCGGCACAGGCUGCGCUCAUUGCGGCGCAAACCCGUGCGAUGGAGAGUGCGAACACGAGCACGGUGGCGGCUGCAGCUGUUGAGGCUGGUAUGGACGCCACUGCAGCAGAGGAGGUUGCAUUUGCGGUCGCUGGAAAGACCGAGCUGGAGGCAGCUCGAGCGAUGAUGGCGCGCGUUGUUGGGACAGAUGUGGCUGAAGCAGCGCCGUUUGGUGAGCAGCUUGCCACGGUCGAGCAAAUUGUGACUGAGCAGCUCGAGCCACAACGCCUGCGUCGUGCCGAGCUGAUGGAAGCCGACAAGGGUUUUGCUGUGGAGCACGGCAUGUCGCCCGAUGAGGGGGCGAUGUUUGCGGUUGCAGUAGCGUCGCUCGAGGGUGUGCCGAAUGUAGCCAAUGUGGCUGAAGCAGCUGUCGCGGCUGGUAUGGACGCGUCCGGCGUAGAGGCGCUGGCGGCUGAUGUGGUGGCUGUACGGGGUGCGAGCUCGCGUGGAGCGACGCCAGUACAGGCUGCGCUCAUUGCGGCGCAAAUCCGUGCGAUGGAGGGUGUGGACACAGCAAUGGUGGCGGCUGCAGCUGUUGAAACUGGUAUGGAUGCUGCCGCAGCAGAGGAGUUGGCGUUUGCUGUUGUGGGCAAGGCCGAGCUUGACGCCCUGAAGGCUGAGCUGGCCGAGGCACAGGCUGAGAUCGCGCGGCUCCUGGGCAAUGAUGAAAUGGCGCCUGUCGCCGCACCGACGUCACUCCGCGAUCAGGUCGUUGCUCUCCGCGAGCACGUCGAGACAACUCUGCGGCCUCUCGAAGACAAGCGCAUUGCGCGGCGUGAGGCCGAUGCCCGCCUCUCUGUCGACACGGGUCUUGAUGACUCGAGUGCCGCUGCUGUGGCAGACGCGCUGGCCACUCUGUCCGCGGACCAACCGUCGAAGGCGGAGAUUGCCGCAGCCGUCACAGCUGCUGGCGUGGAAGAGUCUGCUGUGCCUGGCCUGGUGGCCGCGAUCGAGACAUCGCGUGCUGUCGAGGCGCGCGGCGCAACGCCGGCACAGGCUGCGGUCAUUACGACUCGCGCUUGUGCGAUGGAGAGUGCGAACACGAGCACGGUGGCGGCUGCAGCUGUUGAGGCUGGUAUGGACGCCACUGCAGCAGAGGAGGUUGCAUUCGCGGUCGCUGGAAAGACCGAGCAUGAAGCCCUGAAGGCUGAGCUGGCCGAGGCGCAGGCUGAAAUCGCGCGGCUCCUGGGCAAUGAUGAAAUGGCGCCUGUCGCCGCACCGACGUCACUCCGCGAACAGGUCGUUCCUCUCCGCGAGCACGGUGCGGACACGACCACGGUGGCGACUGCAGCUAUCGAGGCUGGUAUUGACGCCACUGCAGCAGAGGAGGUUGCAUUUGCUGUUGUGGGAAAGACCGAGCUGGAGGCAGCUCGAGCCAUGAUGGCGCGCGUUGUUGGGACAGAUGUGGCUGAAGCAGCGACGCUUGGUGAGCAGCUUGCCACAGUCGAGCAGAUUGUGACCGAGCAGCUCGAGCCACAACGCGUGCGCCGUGCCGAGCUCAUGGCAGCAGACAAGGGUUUUGCUGUGGAGCACGGCAUGUCGCCCGAUGAGGGGGCGAUGUUUGCGGUUGCAGUAGCGUCGCUCGAGGGUGUGCCGAAUGUAGCCAAUGUGGCUGAAGCAGCUGUCGCGGCUGGUAUGGACGCGUCCGGCGUAGAGGCGCUGGCGGCUGAUGUGGUGGCUGUACGGGGUGCGAGCUCGCGUGGAGCGACGCCAGUACAGGCUGCGCUCAUUGCGGCGCAAAUCCGUGCGAUGGAGGGUGCGGACACGACCACGGUGGCGACUGCAGCUAUCGAGGCUGGUAUUGACGCCACUGCAGCAGAGGAGGUUGCAUUUGCUGUUGUGGGCAAGGCCGAGCUUGACGCCCUGAAGGCUGAGCUGGCCGAGGCGCAGGCUGAGAUCGCGCGGCUGCUGCCUGCGUCGAUGUCGUUUGUUGCCGCACCGACAUCACUGCGCGAUCAGGUCGUUACUCUCCGCGAGCACGUCGAGACAACUCUGCGGCCUCUCGAAGACAAGCGCAUUGCGCGGCGUGAGGCCGAUGCCCGCCUCUCUGUCGACACGGGUCUUGAUGACUCGAGUGCCGCUGCUGUGGCAGACGCCCUGGCCACUCUGUCCGCGGACAAGCCAUCAACCGCGGAGAUUGCCGCAGCCGUCACAGGUGCUGGCGUGGAAGAGUCUGCUGUGCCUGGCCUGGUGGCUGCGAUCAAGACAUCGCGUGCUGCCGAGGCGCGCGGAGCAACGCCGGCACAGGCUGCACUCAUUGCGACUCGUGCUGGUGCGAUGGAGAGUGUGGACACGACCACGGUGGCGGCUACAGCUAUUGAGGCUGGUAUGGAUGCUGCCGCAGCAGAGGAGGUGGCGUUUGCUGUUGUGGGCAAGGCCGAGCUUGACGCCCUGAAGGCUGAUCUGGCCGAGGCGCAGGCUGAGAUCGCGCGGCUGCUGCCUGCGUCGAUGUCGGCUGGAACUACACCGACAUCUCUCCGCGAGCAGGUCGUUGCUCUCCGCGAGCACGUAGGGACAACUCUGCGGCCUCUCGAAGACAAGCGCAUUGCGCGGCGUGAGGCUGAUGCCCGCCUCUCUGUCGACACGGGUCUGGAUGACUCGAGUGCCGCUGCUGUGGCAGACGCCCUGGCCACUCUGUCCGCGGACAAGCCAUCGAACGCGGAGAUUGCCGCAGCCGUCACAUGUGCUGGCGUGGAAGAGUCUGCUGUGCCUGGCCUGGUGGCUGCGAUCAAGACAUCGCGUGCUGCCGAGGCGCGCGGAGCAACGCCGGCACAGGCCGCGCUCAUUACGACUCGUGCUUGUGCGAUGGAGAGUGUGGACACGACCACGGUGACGGCUACAGCUAUUGAGGCUGGUAUGGACGCCACGGCAGCAGAGGAGGUUGCAUUCGCUGUUGUGGGCAAGGCCGAGCAUGGAGCCCUGAAGGCUGAGCUAGCCGAGGCACAGGCUGAGAUCGCGCGGCUCCUGGGCAAUGAUGAAAUGGCGCCUGUCGCCGCACCGACGUCACUCCGCGAGCAGGUCGUUGCACUCCGCGAGCACGUAGAGACAACUCUGCGGCCUCUUGAGGAGAAGCGCAUUGCGCGGCGUGAGGCCGAUGCCCGCCUCGCUGGCGACACAGGUCUGGAUGACUCGAGUGCCGCUGCUGUGGCAGACGCCCUGGCCACUCUGUCCGCGGACCAACCGUCGAAGGCGGAGAUUGCCGCAGCCGUCACAGCUGCUGGCGUGGAAGAGUCUGCUGUGCCUGGUCUCGUGUCUGCGAUUGGGACAUCGCGUGCUGCCGAGGCGCGUGGAGCAACACCGGCACAGGCUGCGGUCAUUGCGACUCGUGCUGGUGUGAUGGAGAGUGCGGACACAGCAAUGGUGGCGGCUGCAGCUGUCGAGGCUGGUGUUGACGCCGGCGCAGCAGAGGAGGUUGCAUUUGCUGUUGUCGGCAAGGCCGAGCUUGACGCCCUGAAGGCUGAGCUGGCCGAGGCACAGGCUGAGAUCGCGCGGCUCCUGGGCAAUGAUGAAAUGGCGCCUGUCGCCGCACCGACGUCACUCCGCGAACAGAUCGUUGCACUCCGCGAGCACGUCGAGUCAACUCUGCGGCCUCUCGAAGACAAGCGCAUUGCGCGGCGUGAGGCCGAUGCCCGCCUCGCUGGCGACGCAGGCCUUGAUGACUUGAGUGCCGCUGCUGUGGCAGACGCGCUGGCCACUCUGUCCGCGGACAAGCCAUCAACCGCGGAGAUUGCCGCAGCCGUCACAGCUGCUGGCGUGGAAGAGUCUGCUGUGCCUGGCCUGGUGGCUGCGAUCGAGACAUCGCGUGCUGUCGAGGCGCGCGGAGCGACCCCGGCACAGGCUGCGGUCAUUACGACUCGCGCUUGUGCGAUGGCGGGUGCGGACACGAGCACGGUGGCGGCUGCGGCUGUUGAGGCUGGUAUGGACGCCGCUGCAGCAGAGGAGGUUGCAUUCGCGGUCGCUGGAAAGACUGAGCAUGAAGCCCUGAAGGCUGAGCUGGCCGAGGCGCAGGCUGAGAUCGCGAGGCUGCUGGAUGCGUCGACGCUUGCUGGUACGGAGUCGCUUAUGGAACAGCUCGUGGCGCUUCGUGAGCGUGUUGAAUCGACUGUGGUUCCACUGGAGGAGAUACGCGCUGCCCGUCGGGACGCGGACACUCGCCUUGCUUGUGAUUUGGGUUUGGACAAGGACAGCGCACAUGCGCUUGCGGAUGCGCUCGCAACAGACGAAGUUGUGCCGGCGAGAUCUGCUGCUCAACUCUCGUUGGUCAUCGAAGCUGUGGAACCCAACUGCGCUGAUGUUGCUGAACUAGUGCGCGCCCUCGCUUGCUCGCGACUCGCCGAGUUCCACGGAGCUGGGCCGUCGCAGGCGGCACAAGUUGCGGCGGCUGCCCAUGCGCUUGCUGCCGACUCUGCUGCCGGCACUGUUUCCGUGGCAGACAUUUUCCGUGCGGGGGUGGCGGCAGGGAUGCCUCCCGAUCUCGCGCAUUCGGUCGCUGUGGCUGUGGCAGAGAAUAUCGAGCUGGAUGUUCUGCGGACGGGCAGGGCCGAUCCGACAAGUGUCGCCAACGCUCGGCUUGCUGCUCUUGCGGGACUGGCCUGUCUUAGCGGGUUGGAUGACGCCAGUGCUGAUGCGCUCGCCGAAGAGCUUGUUGCGUUGGGAGACGGAAUGACGCUAGCUGAUGCUGAGAAUGCGUUGGCAGGUGGGUCAGUGGCCGACGCGGCGGAUGUAGCGCGCCGGCUGAUGCUCGCCAACGAGGCGGUCAUCCAUGGCCUUUCGCCCGAGUCUGCCAUUCACGCCGAAAAUGCUGCAGUCCGUGAUGCCAUCUCGCAGCUUACUGGAAACUCCGACUCGGACUCGCUCACCGAUGAUCUGAUGGACUUUAGUGCGUUUCUGGCCUCGUCACUCCGUCAACAAACGGAGCAGGACAUGCACCGGCGUGUGGCAGAUGCAAGACUCGCCGAAACAUUUGGCCUGUCGUCGCCACAAGCGGCAGAUUUUGCCGAACGCCUCGCCGAUGGGCCGGCCAUGCCGCCUGUGAUAGAGACGGCGGCGCUCGUGCACGAAGACAUGGGGCUGCCACGAAUUGCUGCUGUUCAACUGGCACGCACGGUGGCUGUGGCACGCGAGGCCGAAGCGUUUGGUCUUGAACCCGAGACAGCCGCCGCCUUUGCGCUUGCUGUCAAGGAGUUUGGCCCCGGUCACGCACCGUCAAUUGCGGCUGUUGCGGAGCGGGAACCAUUUGGAGUUCCAAGCGAAACAGCUCGUGUCCUGGCCAACGUGGUCGCCGUUCUUAAGGGCGGCGACGUGUUUGCACCUGGCCUGGUCGAUUCUCUGCGGCGGCAGGUUGAUGAGCUGGAGAUGGAGCUCAAUGAUCUGACGGACCGCUCGAUGGAGGCACUUUCGGCCUCGCAAACGCUGGACGAGCAAGUGACAAUGUUCAAGGAUUCUGCUGCCUUCCGAAGCAUGCAAACCCUGCGCGAGGCGGUACAGGCUGUCGCAACUGAGAUGGGGCUGCCCGCUGAUGAGGUGCCAGUGAUGGCCACGCGGGUGGCUCGAAGUGUGGAUCCGGUCAGUGCCACCUCGGAGAGGGUGGCUGAUGUGGCCGCAACUUGCGCGCUUGAUGAAGAGACUGCAGCCGAACUGGGGCGCCGGGUCAUGCUAGCGGUUCCAGCCCUCACCCAUGGGCUCCCCGCCCACUCGGCAGCCGUCUUUGCUCGCCAGGCGUCGGAGAACUCGCUCGUGUCGCCAGAAGAUGUUGCUGCUGUGGCCGAGGCCUCUGGGUUAGAGCCAGCAGCGGCAAACUCGUUGGCGUACUCGCUGGUGGGCGGCAAGGAGAUCAUCCGGCUGCGGACCGAGCUGGAUGCUGCACAGCGCAAGCUGCUUGUCCUUGCCGCCGAGCCGAGUGCCGGCGGAAGCAAGAUUGCCCUCGAGCGGACAGUCCAGCUGAUGGAGGCGCAGGCGGCGAUGGAGACCGUUGAGGUCAACACGCGCCAGCUCCGCGAGUCGCUGCUUGCGGCACUGCAGGAGACGCCCGAGUUGCCUGAGGCUGCCCAAGCCCUGCUGCUGUCGACAGCUGACGCGCUGGCGCACGCCAUGGACAACCUCGCACACCAUAUUCCCGGCCAAAGCAAUAGUAGCGGCGACGAGUUGGCGCCCCGACCGCCGCUGCCCAAGUCGCUCUCGCGAGCGCAUCUGCAGAUUACGGACGCUCUUAAGGACGCGUCGCUGUCGCCGGGCGUGGGAAAGGUGCUCAUUACGGUGGCCGAGGCUCUGAACGACGCGCUGGCAUCGACAGCGGUGGCGGCGCGGGCGGCGCCGCUGUCGUUGCAGCCGACGCUGACCGUGACCGGGGCCGAGGAGGAGACACCGAUGACACGGUUGCAGAGCACACUGCUGAGCACAGCCCGUGUUCUUGCGUUGACACUAGACAACGUGGAGCGCGAGGGCGAUGCGACCUCGCUGGACGACCUUGUGCUCCAGAACCGGGCGACGCUUAUUGACCUCGAUGGCGUCAUUGAUGCCAUCCGCCGGUUGGCUGCGGCCUGUACCCGGUUUGAGGAGCAAUUAACCGCACCGGGGGCGCGGGUGACAUUACAUGCCCUCGAAGGGGUGGUUCCCGAGCUGGCGGAUCGGUGUUUGGUUGUCUCGCAUGCAGUGGAGACCUCGAUCGGUCAGCUGUCGGCACUGGCGGACAUCGUGCCGCAGCUGGAGUAG